AUGCCUUUGGAUAAGAAGAAGUUUGAAACAUUCGGCGAACAAUCACACAAGCCUAAUGCUAGUGGAACUUGGGACGAAGAUUAUGAGCUUGUUAGUUUAAAUUCUAGUCAAGAUGCCCUGAACAGUUCAUUUUCGAGAUCCAUUCCUGUGGACUCGAACCGCACUUCUUCUCCGUUAAGGAUAGAGUCUCUAAGCUCGUCAACGAUUAUGGUCAACACAAAGUUGAGGGAAUUUGAAAUUGGAGAAGGAAUUCCCGAGACACAGGAAUUGAGUCAAGCACCAUUAGAGAAAGACGACUCUGAAGAGGUUACCAAGUCUAUUCCUGAUUCCAGCGAUGAUGCUUAUGAGGAGGAGAGAGAAGAGGAAGAUAUAGAGAGUAAAGAAGAAGUUGAAAACGAAGAAGAUGAAAGUAUAUGGGAAUCUGACUAUUCUGAAGCUCCAACUGAACCUGCUCUUGCAGCUGUUGAGCCUCAUAAAGGGAAAGCAUUUAUGUCACCAAGCUCUUCCGGCACAUAUGAAAGCGAAGCAUUGGAAUAUGAUGUUCCCGCCGUCCCUGACCUUCGUUUUCAAAAUUCUUACUUGAAGUCACUUGAACAAGCAAAUGGCUCGAUUCCUCUUAUCUGCUGGAUUACUGUUCGUGAUCAAAUCCUGUUCCCUUUUCUUAGUGGUGGGAUGUGGAUUUUUGUCCGCCAUUUCUUGGGAUUUAUGAAGAUUCAAGAGAAAGGAUUUCAUUUUGGUCAAUGGCUUCGCAGAACAUUUGGGUUUUUUUUCUCUUCCUCUUCCAAGAAAUAA